AUGGCGACCGUGGCCCCUGCCGAUAUCUCGCAGACCCAUCCCUACACCUGCAACUCGUGUGCUGUCGCCUUCCGCAACAGUGAUGCCCAACGCACCCAUAUGCGGAGUGACUGGCACAGAUACAACCUGAAGCGCAGGCUGGCCGAGUUACCUGCCGUCUCGUCUGAAGACUACAACGAGAAAGUGCUGGCGGCUCAAGCAACCAACACUGCCGCCGCCGCCCAGGCCGCCUAUGCAAAAUUGUGUCCCACCUGCCAGAAGACAUACUACAGUGAAAAUGCAUACCAGAACCACCUGGCUAGCAAAGCACACAAGACAAGAGAAGUGGCAUCGAGUCGAGGGUCGACCCGAGACGCACAUUCCAUAGCCGGGUCCGAGGCACGGCGGUCGUUCUCCGUGGCGGAUUCGACAGCAGGAUCAGAACCUCGAGACCCCGUGGCAGAAGCCGAGUUCGAGCAAGUCGUUGCGGGAAUGAAAGAGACCACCAUUCGAGAUUUGCCUGGGGUUACACGGAGACCCUUGAACCCUCCGCCAGACACAGAACCGCGAGAAGACCAUCCCAUGUCGCCAGAGAAGGCCGAGGUCUCGUCCCUGCCCGUUUCCAGGUGUCUAUUUUGCAACUAUGACUCGCCCAACUUGAAACUCAGCGUCAUGCACAUGACCAAGAUUCACGGCCUAUUUAUCCCAGAACAGAACUACCUUGUCGACCUGGAAGGUCUGAUCCGAUACAUGCAAGCCAAAAUCCACCAAAAUUUCGAGUGUCUGUACUGCCACAGACUUAGAGGGAGUGCGGAAGGUGUGCAGACACACAUGAGAGACAAGGGUCAUUGCAAGAUCGCUUUUGAAAAAGAGGAAGAGAUGAUCGAGGUCGGUCAAUUCUACGACUUCUCCAGCACAUAUUCAGACGACGGCGAGGACGAGUCUGGGGACGAGAUGCAGGGAGUGAAAGCAGAGCAGAAUGGCGGUGUCAAACUGGAGGGCACAGCAGAAGAAGGCGCCGAGGAUGGCUGGGAAACUGAUUCCUCCUUCUCCUCGCUCGACACCAACGAACUCGCCUCGGUCCCGAAUGAUGAUCGAACCCUCUCCUAUCAACGACUUCCCUUGCACAGACAUCAUUCCAACACCGAUCCGCGACCACACCGGAACGCCGACGGCUGGCACUCACACGCCCAUCACCACACGAAUGCCGUGUUCUAUGACGAACAUGAAAUGCAUCUUCCCAGCGGCAGAGUAGCUGGUCACCGGAGCUUGAGAAAAUAUUACCGGCAAAAUCUGCACAAUUACCCCACGGCCGCGGAGCGUAUGGAACGCGCCCAGAGAUUGAUUGAAGAGGGAAGCUCAGAAGACGCCGAAAUGGACGACAUCGAUCUUCCGGCGACUCCUCCUCGGAACAGUCUCAUGAGACGCGGUGAGGCUGGGAUGCUUGGUGCCACGAGCCAGCAGAGACGUGACGUCCGCUCUGAAGAGAUUCGAGCCCGACAGAGAGAGAGGCGAGCGCAGAACCGGUACCAGGCCAAGCUGGAGAAGCAGGCCAACAGUCAAAAACACUACAGGGAUCCACUACUGCAGUAA